AUGUCGUCAUGUGCUAUAGAGAUACUGUUCGUUAUAUUUAAGGCUUCCAACAUAUCUCCACCACUGUGGACGGACUAUGUAGGAGCAAUAGAUGGAACUCAUAUUCGUGUCAAAGUGUCUAAAACAGAUGCACCGAGAUAUCGAGGAAGAAAAGACAACCCAACACAAAAUGUCUUAGCAGCAUGCUCAUUCGACAGGAAGUUUACGUAUGUUUUACCGGGUUGGGAAGGAACUGCAACUGACUCAAGGAUAAUUAAAAAUGCACUAAAAGAGCGUCAAGAUAAACUAAUCAUCCCUACAGGUAAAUAUUAUCUAGUGGAUGGAGGUUACAUGCUAAAUGGUGGGCUGAUUACACCAUAUAGAGGUGUGCACUACCACUUGAAAGAGUACUCAUCACGUGCACCAGAGAAUAUGGAAGAGUUAUUUAACCACCGACAUUCUUCUUUACGAAAUGUAAUUGAAAGAAUAUUUGGAGUAGUAAAAAAGAGAUUUCCAAUUAUUUCAAGUGGGGCAGAAGCUCAUUAUGGAGUUGACACCGUGACAGAAAUUGUAUUGGCUUGUUGUAUACUUCAUAAUUAUCUAAUGGGUGUUGAUCCGGAUGAAAGAUUGAUUGCAGAAGUUGAUCACGAUCACGUUAAUGCUAAUCCAGACAAUAGACAAGACUUUGAUACAAGUAAUAAUGAAGUAGAUGCUAUCGAAGGAGCAGCUAUAAGGAAUUCAAUAGCAGCUAGCAUGUGGGAGGAUUAUUUAGGACAUGGAACUUGGAAAAUGAUGAAGAAAGCGAAUAAAGAUAUGAACGUAACUGAAAAUAAGAAGGAUGCACUAAAAUGGACAGAAGAAAUGGAUGAAGUAUUAAUUGACGCAUUGUUGGAGCAAGAAGAAAAUGGUAAUAGAGUUGAUGGAACAUUCACCUCUACAGCAUAUUCAAAUGUCGUAAAAAAAUGCACUGAAAAAAUUGGUUAUCCAUUUGAUAAGGACCACAUAAAAAACCGGAUGAAAACCUUGAAACUUAACUUCAAUACAUGUUAUGAUCUAUUCAAAAAUUUAAGUGGAUUUUCAUGGAGUCCAGAAACAAAAUUGUUCGAGGCAGAACCCGAAGUUUGGAAGGCCCUUAUAGAGGCAAAGCCAUCAGCAUCGAAAUGGAGGCAUACUAAAAUAAAAUUUUAUAAGAAAUUGUAUGAUCUUUUUGCAAAAUAUAGAGCUAAUGGUGAUGGAGCUGUAAGUGCAAAAAAAAAAAAAGUUCAAGGAUGGGCAAGAGAUGGAAGUUCGAACCAAGCUAAUAAAAAUUCAAACAACAAUGAAAAAAAUUCUCCCAUGAGUGCAUCUUCUCAACCAAAUUCAGAAGCUGUAACAUCUUCAAGGGGCACAAAAAGAAAGGAGUCGGUGAUUAAUUUAUUUGAGAAAGAGUGUGAAGUUAUCGGAGGUGGAAUUAACAAAGUAGCAGAGGCAAUCGAGAGGGGAAAUCUUGUUGCAGAAAGAGGCUCACAAUUGCAGAAAAAAGAAUUGCUAUUUCUGAGAGAGCUCGACCACGUUACUAUUCAGAAGAUGAAGUGUUUGCAGAAUUGUUGA